CCUGCCAAAAAUGUGUUGUCUUCCAAUUUGGCACAAGAUGGUGUAAAACAGCAAUUUCCUGCCCUCCGUUCUAAGAACUUAUCUGGGAGAUACACUGUAGCCUACUGUGUGGAGACUCCUAACAUCUUGUUUCUGCCCCCUCCUGUCCUGACAUGCCUAGAGAGACAAAUCAAAAAGAGGCAUGAUGUCCUCAAGUGGAAAGAAAAGGAAAAGAAAGCAGAAUCUUUUCCUAAACAACAUCAGCCAAAUUACCAAGGAUUUUCUUCAGAGAAAAGGUCAGAGUCAGAUGCUAAUCAGCAGGACGUGGCCAUCUCUCUUCUUUCAUGGAACGAAAAAAAACAAAUCAGAGGAACCACAGAUGGGAAGGACCUAGAAUGUCACUUGCAGAGUCCAUCAGGUGGAACUCCAAGUACCUCAAUGAUGAAUCCAAUUCAGAAACAACUUGAAAAUGCUUUGAACUCCCACCUGAGCAAGAAGUUUCAGGAAAUCAAUGAGGCCAUGGUCAAGAAAGAACAGGCGAUCCUGACACCAACAGUCUUUGAGAGCAAGCAUGAGCAUGUAGAGGACCUUCGAAGAAUAAAGCAUGGCAAACCAUCUGUUUUGCUCCAGACACAGAUCAUUAUAGGCAAAGCUUAUCAGAAACCACCUGUAGCAGCCAAAAGAUGCAGCCCAAAGCUGCCCAUGAGGCAAGCUGGGGUUGGACCUCAGGAAAUAGGACCUAAGAGACUGAGUUCCAGCUACAGUGUAGCAAGGCCUCAGGGCAAUAGGAUGCCCUGGGGAAGUUCUUCCAUGUCCAAGAUAUCUGAGAAAUCCAGGGAGACAUUGAAGGCACAGGAGCUCUAUGCUUGUCAGUCACAACCUCCCACUGUCUUGACAACCAGAAAUCCAGAAAGCUCUCCAGUGUCAGAUGUCUAUACUCCUGAAAAUUCCCCCAAAAUAUCAGUUGUUAGAGACCCUGGAUUGUCACACCUUAACAAUCCAUUGUUUGUCCAAGACCCAAAACACGCGAGCUUGGCAAGGAGGGGAUGCAGGGUUGGGCACAUGCCAACCCAGGAGGAGGAGCCACCACCCUCAAGACAGGACAUUAGAGCAGACAUUGGGAGCAAGUCCUGCUCAGCCCAGUCACUGAAGGGACCAGCUCCUCCUGAAAGCCUCAGAAACCCGGUGAAGAACGUUUUUCAAUGGCUUUAUCCUAAUAUAAAAGGCAAAAGGCAAGAAGGUUCCCUGGAAAAGGGCAGCUCCCCAACUCACCUGUGCAGGACAGAGAAUCCCCAAAAGCAAUUCCUGCACAUGCCCCACAGGGAUCCCAAGUCUCAUCCAAGUCUCAUCUGUGGGUAUCAAGUGGGUCAGGUGCCUGUGCCUGCCUGUGCACCUUCUGAAGUCACUGUGUUGGGAGAUCUUUCCCUACUAUUUAAAGAGAAAAUUCUUAUCCAACGUUUUCACAGAGGAAAAUUUCCUUUCUCCUAAUGAUUAUUCCUGAUGGAGAUUUCUGAUUGUUCCUAAUAAAUUUUCUUAACAAGA